GAAAGAUGUGGCCAGAAAUCCUGCAGAUGUGGCCGUGACAGGAGGAGAUUCUUCUCUCCACGUCCGGACUCCCAGAGGAGAUCUGAGCCUGACUUUGCCGGCAGGAGUCACCUUCGAGCAGGGAUCCUGCAUUCCCACACCUGCGGGAGAAUCCUGUGGAGAGGAGCUGCAUUUCAGACUGCGCAUUAAUGUCUCAAGGAGCACAGAGGAAGAGGCUUCUGACAGCGUGAUGGAGACACUCCGGGCAAAAGAGACUUAUUGCUUCUACUGCCAGGGCUGCAUGACCAGGCUGCUGGAGGACAGAGUGUUUAAGCGAGUCCUUCCUCUCCCCAACGGCAACUGGAACUCUAUCGUGGACGACUGGUGUUGCCACCCAGAUCCGUUCGCUAAGAAGCUGCUACCCCGAGCCGAGGAUUGUUUACUCGGUGACACCUUCCUCCUUGUAGCCAGAGACGACAGCUGUGAACAGACUCUCACAGAGGAAGUGAGCCCUGUUGGCUCAGAAGACAGUCAAGAUCCAAAGAAACCCUGCCGCCGACUGGCACUUGUCUCCUGCAAGAGCUGCUCAUCAGUGCUGGGAGAGGCUGUCGCCCCAGGGACCCUGAAACUGUACAUCACACAGGUGGUGGUGGAGGCCGCUGUGGGAGACAGAAAGCCAGAAGCUUCACUUAACAGGGCCCUCUUCCUGGAGAGGGCUAUUGCAGCCAGGCUGUUGGGACUGUCCAACUCACUGAGCACCUUCCACUUCUCUGUCCAGACGCCUGAUGGAAAGGCGUUCUUAUUGCUUUGGCUGCUGAACGGCGACUCCAUCAUAGCGUCAGUCCCAGAGACGUGUGUCGGGGGUGAGAGGUCUAUCAGCUCCCCGGCUCUUCACAGUCCAUCACCCAGAGCUGCCAGGGCCCUGAAACUCCUCUACACCUCCUGCUCUCACACAGGCAUCGAGCAGAGAGACAUUGUAGCUAGUUGGGAGGUCAAUGCCAUAGGACAUCCUGUGGUGCUGCCACUGACUGUGUGCGAGGAGCUGCUGCAAGUGAUAGAUGACAGCAACUCGACACUCCCUGUGUCUAUGCGUUGCAUGAGGUCCUAUGAGGUGGCUUACCUGAGACUGUGAGGUCAAAGGUCAGAUGUCAGGAGGUCAAGACUCCACGUCUCACUCUUGGUAGUGAAUUCAAAAGGACCUGGGACCACUGAGAGAGGAUCGUUGAACAUGUACUGUAUGUCUGUAUACAUUAAGAUGGCCUCCUGCACAGAUCUCCAGUACGUAUGAGAAUGAAGAUUACUGCAGGAGGAAAUGCAGCAAGCAUGGCAUAGCUUGUUCAGUCAAGUCAAGUUGUGGUUUCUGGUUGCUUCCAUCAACAGUCAUGUUUAAACAGGUUGCUGCCAACGCUUAUCCAGUAAAUGCAAAACUGGAAGAGAAUGACAAAAGCAACAAAGUUGUUUUUCAUAGAAUAGAUAAUAGUUAGGUCUUGUUGUAGUUCUUUAUCAUUUUUAACCCUAAUGUAAUUGUAUCAAGAAGUAUCACAGCGGUUGAAAAGCCUGUAUGUGUACAUUGUGUUUGUCCUUUCCUAAACUUUGUUUUGUAUUUUUCCUACCAUUCUUGACAAAAACAGAUUAAACUCUAUUUUUGAAGAA